AGAAGAAGUCCAAAGAAAUUUAUUCUGUUUUCAAAUCAUGUUUUGUUUUAUUUUGUACGCGAACAAAUAACAAAUUGAAAAGUUUAAAUUAAAGAAUAGCAAUUAGUAAAUUGAAAAAAAACAUAAUGGCGACUUCAAUUGCCAUAAACGAAGGAUCUUCGUCUCCAAAUGUAACGGAACAAUCUGUAAAUGAUAGCGAUGUAAGUGCAGAUAGUGAAUCAUGUUGUAAAACUGAUGACAAUACAACAUAUUUGAAAAACACGGAAAAAUCUUAUAAAAAGGUCAAGGAUGAAAAUAUUCAGACAAAUAGUUACGCUGGAAAUAAAAACACUGCUGAAGGAUUGAUGGACAUAGCUCUUCUAUCAGCUAAUGCCAAUCAAUUGAGAUUUCUAAUAACAUACAACCAUGACGCUUCGACCUACUAUAUUAGUAUUACAUUAGUGGCACUGUCGCUGUUAAUGCAAAUAUUAGUAGGAAUAGCGUUAAUAUUUAAGCGUCGAUUUCGUAGAUGCCGUAAUAAACGUUAUAAUGAAUUUAUAUUGGGUGGUGUCUUCAUAAUUACAGUUGUGAAUAUAUUGCUGGCAGCUUUUACUACCACUGAUGUUAAGUGAACGAAUAUUUUAAAAUUUAAUACAUUUUUGUUCAACAUUAAUAUUCUCAAUAAAAUUGUCUUUCCAUAACGAGAGAUGUUAAUUUAACUCUAAA